CAAAUAUAGCCGGUGAUGUUAAAUGAUAAUGAAAUGUUAAUGCGAUCAAAGAGUUAUCGAUAUUUCUAGAUUUUCAAACUCAGAACAUGUGCUCGUCUCUAUCCGUGUUAUCACGCACGCGUCAUUUAUAAUAGCAAUAUAAUUAAGCAUGCAUGUACCCGUACACGAGGUCAAAAGGUAAAGGUUCAAAUUACCAAAAUGGCGAACGUCGUUAUUCGUCUUGCUGAUGAAGCUGACCUACCUGCAGUUAUAAGAAUAUCAGAGAGUGUAUAUGGAGGUAAUGACUAUUUUCUCGGCGAGUUUCUGAACUUUGUGAAAGACCCAAAUCGACUAAUUUUGAUCGCAGAGAAAGAUGGUAAAGCUGUUGGCUUGCAAGUCAUUCAUAUUAUCGAUGAUGGUGAAACGGCUAUUGCUCAAUCACUUCGUGUACAUCUCGAAUAUCGUCGUCAGGGAAUUGGUAAGAGAUUGAUUCAAGAAUGUCGCAAUUUUGUGAGAAAGAAUUUUCCAAAAGUCAAAUUUGAGAGGUACUCGGUAACGUCUCAAGGUGUAGAACGUCUGGGAAUACAAAAGAAAUCAGCUGAUGUUUUAUUUCACGAAGUUAUAUUUUUUGCAUGUUUGGUGAAUGGCGCUGAAUCCGAAUUGAGCUCUCGGGUUUCAAAGCUCUCAACCGAUCAGUGUAGUAAAUUAAAACAGUUGAACAGAACUGAGUUUGAAUGCCUCCUAAAUCAAGAAGAGCUUGGUGACAUCCUGUUUCAAGAUACAUAUAUUGUUCAUUGGCAACCGUUCAAAGCUCUUGCGUCUAACAUUCCCAAAGGCUUACUCAAGGAUGGUGACACAAUAUUCACUUCUUAUUCUGGUGAAUCCGUCCAAGCAUUAAGUCACUCCCGCUGGUGUCCAAUUGACAAAUGUCCUCAAUUGAUAACCGUGUGUUACACACUGGAUGAAGAAUUUCUUAAAAUGCAUCUCAUCGGCCAGUUGGAAAAUGGCAUCUUACAACACCCUGGGGAAACAUUUCUUUUUGUUCCUCUCGUGAAUACAUCGCUUGUUGAUUGCACAUCGCAGAUUUUGCUCAGAGAUCUGUCGUUAGCGAUUCUGCAGGACGAGUUCGGAGAAAAGGAACAAUAUAAUCUAUACCUAUUUGAAAAAUCGCUUGUAUGACAACUUGUAUUUGUAUAUUGUAUUUGUAUUGUAUUUGUAUCGAGAUAUGUAUUUGUAUUUGUCAAUAAAAUUUGUACUUUGAAACAUGAAGAUAUGUUGGACAACUUGCCUCUCGUAGUUCGAGGCAUGCUCGGUCGGCGAUUCGGUAUUAGGCUCGAUUUUGCAGGGAAUAAGCCCUCUCGAGAAAUAUUUUCAUGUUUUGUUUUGAACUGUGUGCAGUCAAGUUGAACUAUUAUGUCUCAAACUGUUUCACUGCAAGCGGAAAUACACACUUUACUAGUUGCGUCCGAUCUGAGCUCUUAAUUGUUAAAUAUGCAUGUGAUUAUAACUCUUAUGUAUAAUGUAUUAACUUGUAAAACUUGGCUCGCAGAUGCCAGUUGUAUGUGCGUAAUAGUUUUCACAUGCUGUCAA